AUGUUGGAAGUUAUUUCCUUGUUAGGAGGUAAACAUCACCGGCCUACCGGAGAGAGUGGUUUUGUAUGCCUCAUAUGUGGUAGCGUCACCUCGAAGCCUCACCCCACUUUCACCUGCAGCAGUUGUGGGGUCACUUUGUGUGAGCACUUGACCUCUGAACAUCUACAAUCAUGUCCCCAAGGGGUGCUUCAGAGGCAGGUAAAGACAUCUCAGGGGCAGGUAGGAGAGGAACUUCACCCCAAAGCCCAACGUAACAAUAGCCCCUUAGGCGGUGGCGGGGGUAGACAGCCCUUUGAAAAUGGGGGGGAGGAAGAGAUGAGUGAUGAUGGUGAUGGUGGUGAUGAUGAUGGUGGUGGUGACAUCCCUCAGGCAGGUCCUAGUGGUCUUAGACCCCAUGACAACAAUCGAGAUAGAGAUGGAAAUUCCUCAGAAGGGGAGGAUGUUAUAGACAUCCCUCACUUAAUUAAUAGGGUGGGGGCCUUGGGCGAUCUCUUUACUAGAAUGGAAUAUUCCAUCCCCCCAGCCUUUGCCACAGAUCCUGUAGGUCUUCUAAGCAACUUUAGAUAACUAUUCUCUAACGAAAUAGAGAAUUACAUGAAUUCUCUGGCGGGUCAUGGCAAUUUUACUUCAUCAUUCAA